UACAGCUUUUAGUUCUGAUGCAAAACAUCUGGUUGUAACGGAGACCAGUUGUAAUCUAGUAAUAUGACGGGUUUAAAACCAGUUUACAACGAGAUAAUAACACCAUUAAGACACAUGGACCACCUACUAGUUAGAACUAAUAGUAUUGUAAUUCUGAUUCUAAUUCUAAGGUUAACCCUUAUGUGACAUGUCACUUAGUACCACCAUGCCUAUGGUGAAAUAGGUGGUUUCUAUGGUGAUAUGAUUUCCCCACUGUUGUUAUAUGUCUCAGAACCUUGUGCCGAAGCCCCCACAAGGCCCCAGGCCCAGCCGAGAGGCCAAUAUAGCAAAGGCAGAAAAGAAGGCCAGAGAGGUUAUCAAGGCUAAAAAGUCUAGGGAGGCUAAGUCAGGGGUGAUAUACGCAAGCCGCCAAGUAGUUGGUGUGUUGGCACUGCCUCAAACUCUUAUAUCUCGAACAACCAGUUACAGUGAGUAUUGAUCUCCACUUCCAAAAAUCUUGGAUUUUUUGAUGCAAUUCUAAAAGGAUAUAUGGUGGAAGGAUCCACUAUUAUCUACGACUCUCCUCUUUCUGUAGGUGUCCUGCCAGCUAUCAAGAAGGGCACUAAAGUUACUCAAAUGGAGACAACAGAAACCCCAGGUCCCCUGACACCUAAUGAUGGGGAGAUAAUGAUCUCCUCUCCAUCUGUUGAUGACCUCCUGACCCCAAAGAGUGAUGUGACGUCCGAGGCUAAGAGCGAUGAUGCCUCCUGUCCAAUUUCACCUGAGGCGUUCUCUCUAACGAACUUCCUGAAGUCUCACCCUCAGAGAAAGCUUAUCAGGAAGUUCCUCAAACAAAUGAACGUGACAAUAGGCGACCUGGACGAAAUCAUCGAGUGGGUGGUGUGUGUCUCCAGUGAGGUGUUCCUCCCAGUGAUGGCUCUGCACAGGACCUCCAGACCAGAGUCGUCAGACUCGUCCCGCUGGGGGUCAGGUGUGCUCCAGAUCGUCUCUGAAAAGUUCCACCAGCGGAGUUCUGAGCCGAAGGGAAGGCUCCUGGGCGGGCAGCCGCCCACUCCCCCUUCUGAGAACGACAAGGAGCUUCAGGGCAUAGCAGAUCUGUCUGUGGGUAACAUCCUGAAAAGGGCCCAGGAGGACCUCUUCUCUUCUGGCGAGGAUGACCUGGAGAACACCCAUCCAGGUAUUACUCUGACAGAAGAGAAGCUGUCCAGAAUCUUCUCAGAGCUGUUCAGGGAUGCCUGUGAGAGUGCCCAGGAGGCCGCCAGACGGAUCCACCACAUGAGGACUGGAAGAGGCAACAACAGCCAGAAUGGGAGUUGGCCUGGGUCGUCACAGGGAUCAAGCAAAUCCAACAUGCCAGAGUUGGGAGAACUGGGGUCAGUGAGGAGUCCCAAGGGAAGUGACGUCCAUAAAGUCCUUAGCGAGGGGUCCCUCCCUGUCUUUGCCCUGUUUGAGGAGAGGCCAGGGGAAGUUGGGGAGACCAGCAGCCCUGCUGGGGAGAUGGACGAGACACAGACUGCCAGCACUCCCAGCAUUCCCCGGUCUGGGCAUGGCGGCAGAAGGAGUAGCCAGACCACCACUCCCACCCCCGGCCACAGAGAGGCAGGAUUCACAGCCAGUAACAUCUUUGAUGUUAUUAUUCAUCUGGCGCACUCUGACACUGACCGGGAACUCCACCAGGAGUUCAGCAGUGAGGAUGAUGUUUCACUGAAUGACAUCAUGGACAUGAAGUCAACCCCGGCAGUGGAGCCCCUGGGUCAGAUCCUGUCCUCAUGGAAGCUGGUCAACAUGAUCUUCAGGGGGAAGGUCCACUACUUUGGGAAGGAGCUCAUCUGCAAGGUGUAUCAGAUGCUUCUGGACACCGGUAUGGGCAGGAGGCCAAUGGCCCGCCAGAGCAGGUCCGAGCCCAUCCUGAAAGACCUGGCUGCCAACCGUAGGCUCUCCAAUGAAUUCUUCACAGACGUGCUGUACAUGUUCAUCCAACGGGCCAUUAAGAAUCUGCUGGAGAACUUCUUGGGUCUGCCGACCACCCCACCAGGCAGAGACAUUAUGUGGAAUGACAACUUUAACUGGAUGUAUAGGGACGGCUGGGGGAACACCCCCACAUCCAGCGAGGAGGAAUUGUGGGACAGCGACUCCACCUGGUCAAGUGGGCAUGGGGAGGAGGAAGGGACAGAGUCCCGUGGGAGGUGGGCCGCUCUGUUGGAGAAGGGCAGCUUCCUGACCCUCCAGUCCUCCAGCUCCCUCUCCCUCUCCGAUGACAACAAGGAGGCACUAGGGGCCGUCUGCCAAGUCCUGACCACCAGGGUGGGAGACAUCCUGAACAGUACCUGCAACGACGAUUGCAAGGCCAGGCUCAUCAUCCAGAAAGGAUUGGAUUCCGGUGCCAGGGAAAGGUUCCCUGACUUUCCGUGUCCCUCUUCACCCAAGGACGAAGAGGAGGUGGUUGUGAGUGCCAUGACUGUCUCAUACCCUAAACCCUCCACCUCAACCCAGGCAGCAUGGGCAGCUCCUGCCCAGACUCUGGAUGUUUUUCUGCCCAGACCCUGCCUGGAUGAAGAAGAGGUAGUGCCCAGCACCUCCUUGAAGGACAACUCUGUGACGACCACCCAUGCAGCACUGGCAGCUCCUUCCCAGACCCUGGUAGAAGAGGUGGGAGAAGCUGAGGUGUCCAACGUGAGUGAGUGCUCCCUGAUGCCCACCAAGGCCCUUGAGAAGAUUCCCUCCCUCCUACCAGGCAAGAUCCUUAUCGAGGAGGACACCCUCAGUUGCAGCACUCCCUGGGCCACCGUCAUGAGCCCCCAGACCCUGAAGUUUAUCCUCCACGGCAUCAUGUGCCGACUGGAGGCCUCAGAGUCCCCCCAGACAAGGAGGGCCAAUGACCCCUUCAGGCUGAUGAAUGAUCUCUUUCUGGAGGUCCAGCAUGCCCUGAAGUAUGCUGACAUCUCUGUCCUCUUUGGCCUGGAGGAGAGCAUCCAAUUCAUUGGGGAGGAUGCGGUGAAGGCCAUCGUGAAGACUGCAGCUAAAAGAUUGUCCCUGCGUUCGGACUCCAACCGGGCUCAACUGCGUGCCGCGCGCUCUGGUGGUGAGGCAGCCAUCAGGUGCAUGGCGGACACCAUCACACAAGUCAUAGAUGACUAUUCCGAGGACUGGAGUUCCGGCGGCCAUUUUGGAGCCAGGAGGAGCCGUGCUAGUGGGAGGUCAUACUCCUCAACCUCCUCAAGGAGUGACGUCACCCUCACCGAGGAGCUCCUGGCCCGGAGGGAAUCCCUUGAAGAGGACCUAGCGGAGAUGGCUGAUGACAGCACUGGUUUGGAGAAGACCAUUGUAAGCUCAGCCAUCUCUGCCAAGUCCCAGGAGAAGGAUAAGGAAGAGGCUAUGAAGGAAGAAGUGAGGAAGUCAGGAAAGAAGAGGCGAAGAAAUAACAAGGACCAGAAGAAGAACAAGGUGUCUCCUCUUGGCAAUGAUAGUACUGUGGCUGCAGAUGAGCCGAAGAAAAAACAGGCUCUCCUCCCGCGGAUCACAGCUGCCCUGGCAAGACUAUUUUGCUUCCCCUGCAAAAAAAGAUGCAAAAAGUAACUGUGCAGAGACGAGUUUGGGAAACCCUGAUACCACCUCCCCCAACCCACUUUCUAAAAAAACAUCAGUGCCACCAGAAGAGGGAGACAACCCCCCCCUAUUCACAACUCAUUUUAUUACCCUCCCCCAUUUAAUUUAAUAAACACAACUUUCAGCUAUUUUGAUCUUCUUUACUUUUUUUUUUACAGACCCACCUGCAUGCUAUAGAUUUGUAAGGUC